GAAGAAGACAAAGAACUUCCGGGGCUUGAUCCCGCUACCGCUGAAGCGCAGUAUUUGUCGUUUCGUGUGUGUUUCGAUAUCAUUCAUUCAAGCAUCUGCAGAACAACUUUAAGCAGCAAUGGACAAGAUAAGGUCGCAGUUUCAGAGGAUGAUGAACAGUGAGCGGUACAGCAGGUUCACGCUGCAGCCGUCGGAGAACGGCGAGAGGCACGCCGAGAGGCACGCCGAGGUCAACCUGUCCGACUACGCUGCAGACGGCGACACGGCGGCGGAAGCGCCCGGGUCGCCGAGCUUCAGGCCGGCGCCGCUGCAUCACAGCAGGCGGACCAUGGCGUUCAUGAUCCUGGGAACCCUGAUGGUGUUUCUUGGCGGCUACCUGGUUGGUUUCAUCAGUCAUCAUAAACCUAAAGUCGAGUCUGACUGCGGACCGAGUUCGACGGAUGAAAUCGGCGUGAUGGAUGCAGGAAAACCUUCGCCGACUCUGUCCUGGAAGGACGUCUCUCAACUCCUAACGAGCAAACUCAGCAGCGAAGCUUUCAAAAAGACUCUUAACGAUUUUGAUAUGAAGAGUCGCUCGGCAGGAAGUGAGGGAGACAUGAUUCUGGCGAACAGGAUCUUCGAUACGUUCAAGACGCUGGGGAUGACGCCGUGGACAGACAUCCAUUACGUUCAGCUGCAGACGCCCGACAACCAGAACCCCAACACAGUUUACUUUGGUUCAGACGUCAUCAAGCCUGUGGGAUAUUUGGCCUACAGCAAACCGGGCAGAGUUGAGGGCCGGCUGGUGUACGGGAACUACGGCCGUCAGAAGGAUCUGGACUUUGUUCAGGGAAAAGUUGACCUGAAAGGCGCCGUCCUGCUGCUGCGAGCCGGAAAAAUCCCUUUUGCACAACAGGUGGACAACGCCGCCAAGAUGGGAGCUUCUGCUGUUCUCAUCUACCUUGAUACUGAAGAUUACAAACUGGUUACAGACACUGAACUCUACGGACACGUCCAUCUUGGUUCUGGGGACCCCUACACCCCUGGAUUCCCAUCCUUCAACCACACCCUGUUUGCCCCAACGGAGUCAGCUGGCCUCCCAAAAAUCCCGGCCCAGACCAUCACUGCCAACUCGGCUACAACUCUUCUAAUGAAAAUUGGUGGCCCUGAAGUUGAUACAAACAGUGACUUCAAAGGUGAACUAAAGUCUGUGGUUUACAAGCUGGGUGGCAGCCAGAACAUCACUGUGGAGGUGAACAACGUUUUGGUCAAUAAGGAGAUCCACAAUGUGUUCGGCGUGAUCAAAGGAUUUACUGAUCCUGAUCGUUAUGUUGUGCUGGGAGCUCAGAGGGACGCCUGGGGGAGAGGUUACACCAAGGCCACUGUUGGCACCUCGGUGCUGAUCGAACUGGCCAAGGCCUUCCAAGAGAUGGUGAAAAAAGAUGAUUUCAGGCCGAGAAGAAGCAUAAUAUUUGCAAGCUGGAGUGCUGGAGAGUUUGGAAGCGUUGGCGCCACCGAGUGGCUGGAGGGUUACAUGUCCUCUCUUGACCGAAGCGUCUUUACAUACAUCAACCUGGAUGGAGUAGUCAUGGGUCAAGAAAGUUUCAUCGCCUCUGCAAGUCCGCUGCUGUACAGCCUCAUUGAGAGCACGAUGAAGGAGGUGAACAUGCCUAGAAAAUCUGACUCAAUUUACCAGGCGAUGGGAGGAAAUAACUGGGAGUCCAGAGUACUGAGGACGAUGUCGAUUGAAGAUCCUGCUUAUCCUUUCCUGGCUUUUGCUGGAAUUCCCUCCAUGUGUUUCCACUUCAUCCAAUCAAAUUCCGAGUCGUACCCUUACUACGGCACCGGCCUGGACAACAUGGACCACCUGAACUACCGAACGAGCCAAAGCACCAGCAACGUCACGGCCACGGCGGCGCAGUUCGCCGGCCUGAUGGUGCUGCGUCUGGUCCAUGACCACCUGCUGGGUCUGGAUGUGCGCAGAUACUACGGCCCCAUCACGAAAGCUGUUUCCCAGGUCAACAAACGGGUCAACCAGCUCACUCAGUCCAGUCAGCUGACGGACGUCAGUCCCAACUGGCUGAAUAGGGCCCGCGGCUCGUACAAGCGAGCGGCCGACGCCAUUGCCGGUGCCAUCGCCAACACGGACUUGACGGAUAAGGAAUCCUGUCGAAUCCUGAACGACAGGAUCAUGAAGGUUGAGCACUCCCUCCUUUCUCCGUACGUCUCCGUCGUUGAGGCCCCAUACCGCCACCUGCUGCUGGGCCGCGGCCCCCACACCUUGGCGGCCAUCGCUGAAGCCCAGGAUCUGAAGAAGCUCCGCCUCCCUCUGGCUCUGGCCACCUGGAACCUGCAGGGAUGCGCCAACGCCAUGGCCGCCAACGUCUGGGACAUCGACAACGACAUCUGAAGCAGGAAACAGGAAAUCUGUGUGUGAGCGUGUGUGAAGCUACUUGAAGGUUAAUUAUAGUGCUCCAACUUUUUAAUACCUGAAGCACAAGUGAGUCACAAAAUCUAGAAAAAAACCAACUGUGAACCUUAAACAAAUCACCUCCUCAAAGCACUGAAACUUUAUUUAUACUUCUAGUUUAGUUUGAUAUUUAUCAGUGGCAAUGCCCACUAUAUUUAUUGUUUGUCUUUUUAUACAACAUUAUCGGAAGCAGUGCCUUCCAUAAUUAUGACGGUUAUACUGUCGAAAGCCACAGCAGCAUCUGCUACUACAAUGACUCCCUAACUGUUGCUGACGAAACGGAGCAUCGGAUAACGCUGGGAUUUCACUUUCCUGGCUCACACGUCUCCCGUUUGAACUCCAGAUGAUCAAUAUCUGCUGGGAGAAACAAAAUAUAGAAAAUCGCACCAAAUUUCCAAUUGGUUUGUCUGGAUUUGAGCAAUUCAGGGGUGUCCAACGUUUUUGUCUCGUGGGUCAAAAUUGUCGACUCAAAAGUCCUAAAAACCCAAGCAAAUAAAGUAGCCCAAUUUAUUUUAUUGUAUUUAUUGUAGUUUCAAAACUUGUAAAGGAUUUUAUUUAGCAAAAGGGCAGUCGUAAAUAAUAAAAAAUAAAUAAUAAAUAAUAGUCGCAGUAAAUUUCCACCAAAAACUUCAGAAAUGUAUUGAUUAAUCUCUGUAAUUUUCUAGAAAAAACGUGGAAAUUUUCUCAGCAAAAUUUUUAAAAAAGUUUCAAUGUGUGAAACAGAAAUUUUCAAGUUUUUUGUAGAAAAUUUUGUGAGAAUAAUCUCAACAUUUCUGAAAUUUUUGGUGGAAAUUUACUCCUUAUUUUCUCUUCGAUUACCGUGAUAUACUAUUGUAGAUUUUGGACCUUUGCUGUUUUCAGUUUUGUCUAGAUUUGAUUGACUGAAUAAUUUUAUUUUCUGUAAUAAUGACAGAAUUAAAGCCACUUUCUUCUUAGCUAAGUUUAUCAAAAAAUAAAAUCUAAUUUAGGUGAAGCAAAUUUGACUUUUCAGGAAAAGUCUUUGGAUGUUAAAAGGAAAUCAUUAUGUGAAAAUUAUAUUGGUGAAAAUUUUUAAAAUUAAAAUUCCCCAUCUCUGGGCCAAAUUUGUAUAAUUUUUUAAUUGCAGUUGGGGGCCACACAAAAUCACCCCAAGGGCCACUAAUGGCCCCCGAGCCACACUUUGGACACCCCUACUCUAAUUACUUAAAGUCAAUAUUUGGUAAAAUGAUUCUGUGCAACCUUUAGGCUCUAAUUGGUUCCAUAAUUUGCCAAAAAGCCGUUUAUGUUGCACGGUUUGCGUUGGAGCACGUAUUAGCAUCAUGGCGUUAUCGGGAGCAGUGCCUUCCAUAAUUAAAAUCCAUUAUCGGGAGCAGAGUCUCCCAUAAUGCCGACUAGUGACGGUAGCUUUUGUCUACCAUUUUCUGUCUAUAUUUGUGUUUGUGUGUAUUUAUCGGGAGCAGUGACUCUCAUAUUUCACUUCAAGGGUGGAACAGCUUAUCGGGGACAGUGUUUCCCAGAGUUUUAUACUUGAAAUUUUCAUUUGUUGGGUUUAUUGGUUGGAUUUUUGUGUGUUAAAAUUUCUGGACCUGUGUAGUUUCUGUGCAGCUAUAUUUUUUCCUGUUUAGAUUUCUAACACUGGAUAAACCUUACUGGGAGAGGUGGGCAAUCGACAAUUUAUAACUUUUAGAAAUUUAUGGUUGUCAACAUUUAGUGCAUUUAGAUUUGAGCAGCACAAUAAAUUAUAAUAAAAAUGUUUUCAAUACCAGAUUGUAAACAUACAACAGAGUAUUAGGACAACUCUAAGAUGAAAUGUUAGAAAAUAAAUAAAACCACAAGAAUAAAAUUGAAAAAUCACUAGAAAAACUCAAUAUUACUCAUUAAAACUCAAAAAUAAAAUCAGAACAAUGUGAGAAUUAAGUCAUAAAAUUACCGGAAUAAAAUUGUAAAAUUACGAUAGUAAAAUUGUAAAACUACAACACUAAAGUCGUAAUAUAACAAGAAUGAAGUCAGAAAAUUUAGAAUAAAGUCGUAAACUUACAAGAAUAAAAUUGUAAAAGUUUUAUUGUAAAAUUUUACAAUAAAUUGUACAAUUUGUCAGAAAUGUUAAUUUUACAACUUUUACUCUUACUAAAGUCGUAAAAUUACAAGAGUCAGAAAAUCGAGAAUAUAGUCGUAAACUUACGAGAAUAAAAUCAUAAAAUCACUUGUAUAAAGUUGUAAAAUUAGGAUAAUAAAGUCUUAAAAUUACAAGAAUGAAAUUGUAAAAUUUGUUUUAGAUUGAUUAGCUACUCAAUGGUCGUCUUCUUGAAAAGUUGUUUUUAAAACGAUUGCCUGCCUCUCCCUUCUAGAUAAUCCAGGUCAGCAGUUCACGGCCUGUUUUAGAUUUACUGUAUGUUAUUAUCAUUAGUGUCUAAAAUACUGUAAGCCUCACUACCGCCAAAUAUAUUACUGCUUAAAAACAAUUCACAAGCCACAUAAGAAUUAUUCAAUGAAUCAAACCUCUGCAUGCAUUCUGUUACCUAAACUUGUUUCAAAUCUUGCUAUUAUGAAUUCAUUUCCAUAAAUGUUCGAUCUGGUUGUUAAAUCUGUUUAAAUAAAAAAAGGAAUGUCUCAAAAUUCAUUUUAA